GACGCGCAAGCACUAAAGGCGACGGGCAACGCCCACUUCGCCAAGGGCGAGGACCAGAAGGCCAUCGACGCCUACACGGCGGCCCUGGAGAAGACGGACGACGCGCCGCUGCGCGUGGCGAUCCUGAGCAACCGCGCCGCGUGCCACCUGCGCCUCGAGGCCUUCGCCGCCUGCGUCGCGGACUGCGACGGCGCGCUCGCGCUCGACGGCUCCAAGGCCAAGGCCUACUACCGCCGCGCGCGCGCGCGCGACGGUCUCGGCGAGCUCGCGGACGCGUUCCGCGAUUUGAAGGCCUGCGUGCGCCUCGAGCCGGCGAACCGCGAGGCCGUCGCCCUCGCGAGGAGCGUCAAGGAGCGCCUGAGCGCGACCCUGAAACAGGAGGGCGCCCACGAGUCGCCCGCGGUGCAGCUC